AUGCGUAUUCAAAGUUUACAAAAUCGAUCUCCAUUUCUGCUUAAAUUAACUAUUUUAAUAGUCCUAAUCAUCUUUUUUAUGCAGUAUACUUCUAUGUCUCUAUCUCAAAAUAAAAUAAAUGCAUCAGAGAAUAUUUUCGAAAAUCAAUCUAUAACAAGGCAAGCUAAUAACAUCGCCCGAAGCCGAUAUAAAAGUGAUGAAACGAAAAAUACAACAAAUCAAUCAAAAAUUGACGUAACUAAAACUGCUUCUGUAAACGAACCUAAAAUAAUCGAUUAUAAAGAAGUUUCUACGAAUCAAUCAGAUGUAUCAGGAAGAAAAUAUACUUCAUAUAUUAAAACGUAUAACAAUUUCGAAAAGGAACAAUCGCUAUGCCUAUCCAAUUCAAAAACAAAACAACUUUCUAAAAAACGAAAUUGUCCAAAUUCAGGCAUAGUCACUGUUAGAGAAGGAGGUCGCCUCGGGAAUCAAAUUUGGGAGUAUAUAUCAGUAUGGUUGGUAGCAGAAGAAACCAGCAUGGAACCCUAUGUGCCCAGCUGUAUCAAAUCAAGACUCAGCACUUUAUUUGACAAUUUAAAUUUACCAGUUAUUCGAGAUAUAUAUCAUUGUGCUAUUAAAGAAACAUCCAAAAAUCAAAACAUCAUUUUACCAAUGUAUAUAGUUAAGCCCGAAUUAUUGGCACACCGAAUAAAUGAUAUAAAACAAGUAUUUAGUAUUAAGCAAACGUUGUUAGUUCAAAGUCAAAAGAAAUUACACGAAGGUGUAAAAUAUUUAAAUUCGACAUUUCAUACCUUCGUCGGAGUACAUGCAAGAAGAACGGAUUAUAUAGUAUAUUUAAAAAGAAAAUAUAAUAUUGUACCACAAGUGACUAAUUUUUUUGAAUCUGCUAUGUCGUAUUUUGAAAAUAAAUAUCCUAAAACGAUUUUUAUUUUUAUAAGUGAUAAUCCAAACUGGUGUUUUGGCGAAUUUGGUGCUAAGAAAAAUGUUUAUGUUACUGGAAGAGGUACCAAACACUCGCCAGAAUUGGAUGUAGCCAUAAUGGCGUCUUGCAAUCAUUCUAUUAUAGAUUAUGGAACUUUCGGACAAUGGGGGGCGCUUCUUGCGGGAGGGGAAACAGUAUACUAUGAAAUUUCUCCAAAGUAUCCGUCGGACCUAUUAGGAAAGCAUUUAAGUAACUGGCAUACAAUCAAAUUGUCUUGA